AUGGUUGAUGACCACCAACAGAGACUUGCCCUGGGUCUAAUGGUCGUGUUCACGGUUCUCAGUGGCAUUGCAAUUGUACUUCGAAUGUGGAGCCGAUGGUUAUCCCGAACAUCUCUAACAAGCGAUGACUGGUUUAUUCUCGUGGGAUAUCUCCUCUCCAUCUCCCAGUCUAUUACCGCAUGGAACUAUAUCAAAUUCAAUUAUGUCGGCAUUCACAUCUGGGACAUCCCCAAAGACCAUGAUGCCACACUUGGGCGAAAGUGGAACUUCGCAAACCAGCACCUCUACAAUCCAGCCUUGGCCGCGGUAAAAAUCUCAAUCUUAUUAUUCCUACGCCGACUCGAGUCACGCUCACGCGCGGUCCAAUACCUCAUCUGGGGCUCCUUCGCCAUCGUGGGCCUCCUUUUCUUCAUCGUCCUCAUCGUCGACGUCUUUCAAUGCCAGCCAGUACAAUACGUCUACGACCUGAGCAUCCCGGGCGGCAAAUGCAUCAACCAAGGCGCAUUCUACGUCUCAAGCGCCGCGAUAAACCUCUUCACCGAUCUAAUGGUCCUCUCAAUCCCGGUCAUAAUCACCGUGCGCCUUCAAAUGCCCAUCCGACGCAAGAUCGCCGUGUGUGUCAUUCUAUGUAUGGGUGGAGUCGCAACCGCCGUCGGAGUCUGGCGCGUCAUAGUCAUCGCCAAUGCCUACUUCUCCGUUGUAGAAGGCUCAGACUCAACCUACUCGAUCGGAUUCUGCAGCUCGGCAAUCGAAGUCAACCUCGCGGUAAUUACAGCCUGUGGUCCAUCGAUGAAAGCUAUCAGCAGCCGGUUCCUCCCCAGACUUCUCGGCAGCUCACGUGAUAAAUCCACUCAUGGGGCCGGCACCGGCUCCGGCGCUGGCGUCGGCUCUCGCAGAUUCCACUCGAACAUUUUCUCCAAAGCUCCCGUACCCACGCUGCCAUCGAUAUACUCCCGCGAUUACGAAAUGGCGGAUCCGCUGGGUGGACCGCGUGUCGAUGUUGUUGCUGAAUUUGAGAUGCGUAAGUAUAAGGGUGGAGAUAGUCCUAGUUUGAGUAGUGAUGAUGGUAAGGGGAUUAUGAAAAGAACUGAUAUCACGGUCGGGUAUAGUAUGGAGACUAGGGUGGGAGAUAGUCGGUCGCAAGAAGGGAGACCAGCUAGUGCUGAUAGUAUUCUAUCGGAUCCCAGUCUACUAAAAUUCGACUCCGUUGUCGGCGACAAAUGGGUCGGCGCAAAGAGCGGAAAGAGAUUUGAAGUACUUGACCCCGGCACCGACAAAGCAUGGGCCAGCUGCCCCGCCAACGCCGCAGAAGAUGUCUCCGCCGCCGUUGAAAAUGCCCACACAGCCUUCGAGGAAUUCCGCAAAGUCAACCCCCGCCAGCGCGCAAAGUGGCUCCUAGAAUGGCACAAUCUGACACUCGCAGCCCGCGAUGACCUCGCCCAGAUCGUAACCCACGAAACCGGAAAACCACUAGCAGAAGCAUACGGUGAGAUCGACUACUCCCUCGGCUUCCUCUGGUGGUUUGCCGGCGAAGCAGAGCGCAUCCAGGGCAGUGUAUCAACAGCCGCGGCCCCGAAUCGUCGCGUGUUUACCAUUAAACAGCCGAUCGGUGUAGCAGCCGCCCUUGUCCCAUGGAACUUCCCUAUUGCCAUGGUUCUACGGAAAGUCGGUGCCGCGAUGGCGGCUGGCUGCACGAUGGUCGUCAAGCCUAGUCCCGAGACGCCGAUUUCGGCGCUCGUGCUGGCGGAGCUGGCGCAUCGUGCUGGUAUCCCGGCUGGUGUGCUGAAUGUGCUUACUACCGAUUUGGAGAAUACACCCGCGCUGAGUGAGGCGUUGUGUAAGCACCCGCUUGUUAAGAAGGUGACUUUCACUGGCUCGACGCGGGUUGGUAAGUUGGUUGCUGCGCACUGUGCGCAUGGACUUAAGAAAUUGACUCUCGAGCUCGGUGGAAACUGUCCUUUCCUCGUUUUCGACGAUGCCAAUCUCGAUCAGGCGGUUGACCAGCUCAUGUCGCUGAAAUGGCGUCAUGCGGGUCAGGCUUGUAUUACUGCCAAUCGGAUCUAUGUCCAGGCUGGUGUUUAUGAUCGGUUCGCUGCGCUUCUGAAGGAGCGUACGGCUGCGCUGGUUGUUGGUCAUGGUGCGGUGGCUGAUACCACGAUGGGACCAUUGACUACGCCGAGGAGUAUUGAUAAAGCCUCUGCGCAGGUCGAGGAUGCUCGUCGUCUUGGCGCUGAUGUUAUUUUGGGUGGUAAUGCUGUCAAGUCCCAGCCGGGUUACUUCUUCGAGCCUACUAUUCUGUCUGGGAUGACCGAGGAGAUGCUCAUCUCGCAGGAAGAAUCGUUUGCGCCUAUUGCUGCGCUGUAUCGCUUCGAGACUGAGGAUGAGGCUGUCAAGGUGGCUAAUGAUACCAGCAUGGGUCUGGCCAGUUAUGCUUUCACCAAGAAUAUCGAUCGCAUGUGGCGUCUGUUGGAGAACUUGGAGGCGGGUAUGAUCGGAAUGAAUACAGGCAACUCAUCGGCUGCCGAGUCUCCCUUCGGUGGUAUCAAGGAGUCUGGAUAUGGCAAAGAGAGUGGAAAGGAUGUUGCUGUCAAUGAGCACCAUGACUCUCGAGGGACAAUAUUAAACCUGAUUCAGUCUCACCCACUAAUUGACAAUCAUGCCCACAACCUCUUAAACCGCGAGUCAGCCACUGACCACCAAAACUACCCAAUCGAGGCCAUAACCACCUCGGCACACGGUCGCGCCCUAGAAAAUGCCAACACUACCCUCCCUUCACUGCGCGCUAUAACCCAGCUCUCCGAGCUCUACAGCAUCCCCUGCGCAAACUGGACCGACAUCAAAUCCGCCCACGAUCAAAGCGUGCGCGAAAACUACGAUGGCCUCAUCCAAAAAUCUCUAGAAGGCACGCACGCACUACUCCUCGAUGACUACCUCAGCGACGACGAAGACAUCGAACCUUCCGUCUGGCACGAUAGUUUCACGGUCUCAGCGACAAAGCGCAUCGUGCAAGUCGAAGCUCUGGCAGAAUCUACAAUCCUGGAUGUAUCGAACGCGCGCAAGAACGGUGAAUCAGUCUGGAACAAUUUCCGACAACGAUUCCAAGAUGCUCUCGCCUCCGCCCUGGACGAUCCCAACGUCGUCGCCUUUAAAUCUGAAAUCUGCUGUCGGACUGGAUUGGACGUUGAUGCGUAUUCCUCCGACGAUACAACUCUCGGCGGAUCAUUGAUUCGCAUUCUCGAUUCUGGAACCACCAGGUCCGGCUUCGAGGUCGAUGAUAAGGGUAUUUGUGAUUGGAUAGUUCAGCAGACGCUGAAAGCGAUCUCGUUUAAGAAGAAGGCUGGUGUUGCGAAGCCGUUGCUGUUUCACACCGGUCUUGGAGAUACUCGGAUUAAUCUUUUGCGGGCGAAUCCUGCUUGUCUGCAGCCUUUAAUCGCUCAGUAUGCUGGUGCGGAUAUUGUCCUGUUGCACGCUGGAUACCCCUAUACGCGCGAAGCCGGGUAUCUGGCUUCGGUCUAUCCCAAUGUCUAUGUUGAUCUCGGCAAGGUCUUUCCUAUGGUUAGCCGAGAGGCGCAGGUGAAGGUUCUGCGGGAGAGUUUGGAGCUUGCGCCUACCAAUCGUCUACUUUGGAGUACCGAUGGCCGGUUUCACCCGGAGACGUUCUGGUUGGCUAAUCGGCAGUUUCGGCAGGCUCUUGAGACGGUGCUCGUCGAUUAUGUUCAACAUGGGGACUUCACUGCGUCCCAGGCUAUGAAGAUAGCUGCUGAUGUUCUGUUCAACAACUCCAAUCGCCUUUACAGCCUGAACUUGACGUCGUCAUACGCAGCUGCAGAGUAA